AUUAACCAAUACAAAGAUUCUGUACUCCCCUGAGUAUGGUACCAGGGAUAGCAUCAUCUCUGUGCUAAAGUUCAUUCUCUACAUCUCACACUGUUCAAGACGCACGAGAAGGAAUGGAGGGUAAUAAUGAGAUCACCAUUAAUCUGCUUCUACUGGGAAAGACGAAAUGUGGUAAAAGUUCUCUCGGAAAUAGCCUGCUGGGAAGUUAUGAAUUUGAGAGCAAGUUUUUCCCACACUCCGUGACCAAAGACUGCCGACUGUGCAGAAUACGAAUGCCCAAUUUUGGACGUCGGAUGGGGAGGGAGCUGGGCCUUAAACUGCAGGUGCUAGACACACCUGGUAUCCCUCACAGCAGCCUGAGCCAGGACGAGGUGAAGCAGAGAGUGAGAAAAGCCCUCUCGCAGUACUUUUCGCAGGGGUUACAUAUGGCCCUACUUGUCCUAAGGGCAGACAUUCCACUCUACGAAGAAGAUAACCAGCACACUGUCAAAUUAGCCGAGAAUCUUCUGGGCCCAGAAUGGAAACAUUUCACGGCAGUGGUUUUCACUUAUGGAGACGUUUUAGAAGAGGCGCGAAUUACAGAAGACAAAUUCCUCCGGUCUGCUCCUCCCACGCUGUCAACUCUCCUGGAGAAUGUACAUGGCCGAUACUUUUUUAGAGACCCAACCGACAAAACUCUGCAUGAGGAACAAGCCGUAUUUGCCAAUCAAAUAUUACAUUUCGUGAGACAAAACAGCUACCAGACUGUGCAGUUUAACAAGCAUUGACCAGCUUAUGAUACAUUCCUUAAGGUAACAAGGAUAGACAUAUCAAUAUAGAGUGGAAUAUCAUUAUCUCUUACCCUUAUCCAGUUGUGCCUUUUUGGCAGACAACUGAUGAAAAUUGAUGAAAAGGAUGUAAAUAUACUUCCUGUGAAAUAUAAAUCCGAGUGCAUCUAGCAAAUAAAUGUGUCGCAACAUUUUAAAAAGCAAACAAUUUUUUAAUUUUAAGUUUUAUUUCACACAAGGAGUUUGGGUUUGGAAUAACUACAAGGGUUUACAUGAUAGACGUGAUAAACCAGUUUGACACUUAUAUUUAUUGUACAUAAAAAGGCAUAUGGAAAUGCCAUCUAAAAAGAUAUCUCUAACAAACAGGCAAAAUUCUACAUGCACUGCAUUAAACUGUACUAUAUUUCCCCACUGUACUUCAAAACAUUGUACAAUUGUUUCAAAAAUGUCUACAGACUUAAAUAAUGAAUUAUCACCAUGUUCUAGAACUAAAGCCCAAACUAAUGAUUUAAAUGAGCUAAAAACAGUAAAAAAGCAUACAGUGUCCUCUACCAGCAGCUGUGGACACAGUGGUCUUAUUGGAGAGGCCUGGAACUCCUCCUACCGAGUCAGACCUUAAACUCUUCAAUCAAGCAAGGUCAUGUUCCCCCGCUGAUUGGAGAGACCUAGCAGUGAAUAGGAUUUAUAAAGCUCUGUGUUUUUUUUUUUUUGUU